AUGUCCCAGCAGGAUGACCUGGCCUAUGGCCAGUACUACCAGGGGUCUGACCGUGGUGCUACGGACUCUGCGAAAGGUCUCGUGGGCGACACCUUCAAUAUGCUCCGUCACGCCUACAAGUCUCACCAGGGCUCGGCGCAGCCGGGCCAACAAACAUACAACCAGGGUGGCCCCCAGACUGGCUACCCACCCCAGAAUCAAUCUGGCCCGUACGGAUACAGUCACGAUAACACCAAUCCCAAUGCUACCUACCAACAACAAUACCCGCAGCCCGAAUACCAGAACAAACCACCCAAGGAUGAUCGCAUUGGCGGGCUUUUGGGCAAGCUCCAGGGCACUGUGGCCGGCCUAGGAUCGGAGUUUGCCACGAAGAUUGGCACCACCAUCGACCCGCAAGCGUAUGCUCAAUAUGGGCCCGGCAAUCCUGGCAGCAACGAGCAUCGGUUCGGCAGCUUUGCGCCUCACCGUGAGCACAACGAUGUCAAGUGGUAUGUGGAUGGGUGCAGUUAUUUCUGGGCAGUGUCCCGGGCGCUGGAGAAUGCGCGCGAGUCGAUCUGGAUCUUGGACUACCGGAUGUUGCAGGCUGCGGCACAGCGUGGUGUGCGGGUCAAUAUCAUUGUCUACAAGGAGGUGACCCAGGCGCUGACUUUAUCCUCCUCUCAUACCAAGCACCACCUGGAGAACAUGCACCCCAAUAUUGCUGUCUUCCGCCACCCGGACCACCUGCCGGACCGGCAGGAACUGGCGUCAUCGAUCACAUCCAGCUUCCAAAACAUGUCGCUGAAUACAGCAAGUCUGGGCAAGAUGUCCAAGGACACCAUCAAGAAGCUGUACGGGAUGAACGACGAUGUGAUCCUGUACUGGGCGCAUCACGAGAAGCUGUGUCUGAUUGACGGUCAGAUCGCCUUUAUGGGCGGCCUGGACCUCUGUUUCGGGCGCUGGGACACGCACCAACACGCCAUUGCCGAUGCGCAUCCCGCUGACCUGAACGAGAUUGUAUUCCCCGGCCAAGAUUACAACAAUUCCCGGGUCCUUGACUUCCAGAAUGUCAACCAGUGGGAGCAGAAUGCGCUGGAUCGUAAGAACAUGUCCAGAAUGGGAUGGUCUGAUAUCUCCAUAAGUCUGCAUGGCUCCGUCGUUCAGGAUUUGCGUCUCCAUUUUGUGGAGCGCUGGAACUUCAUCUUCGAUGCCAAGUACAAAGUUCGCACUGACUCGAGGUACACCCGGCUCGCUUUGUCCGGGCAGCCUACCUCCUCAACCGGUCCCCAGCAGCCGGGCAUGCAGCAGCCCAACCCAUAUCCCUCGGGACAAGCGAGUCAUCAGAACCAGCAGCACCAGGCGAAUCAGCCAUCCUGGCAGUCUAAUCCAUCCGGCGGUGCACCAGCGUAUCCUCCUCCCCCGGGUCAGGUUUCUUCGAGCCCACAGCCGCAGUCGCAGCAGCAGCCUGCUCAGCCCUCCUACCAGUCUUACCAUCCAGGCGGUGCUUCAGCGUAUCCUCCCUCCCCCGGUCAGACUUCUUCGAGCCCGCAACCACAGCAGCAACACCAACCAUCUGCCACUUCCUAUCAGCCAUACCACCCUGGAAGUGGCCCAAGCUAUUCUCCACAUCCAGGUCAGGAACAGCAACACCAGCAAUCUGCUCCAUCGUACCAGCCAGGCGGUACCCAGAGCCAGACCUAUCCACCACCUCCAAGUCAGGAUCCACCAGCUUAUGAACUUGCGGCAAGCCAUCAUCCAAGCCAGGGAUCGCCUCAGUAUAACUAUACUGGGGGUUCUUUCCCGCCCCCUCCACCAGGGCCUCCUCCAAAUCAGUCAUCCGCGCAUCCCUCCUACCAGAGCCAGCCACAAGGACAGACUCCGUAUUUCGCACCGCCUCCAGGUCAGGAAUCUGCAGGCUAUCAAGGCCAGACACCAUCCCAGUCAUCCUAUUACCCACCCCCGCCAACUCAAGAGUCAUCUCACUCGAACACUCGGGGAAUCGAUGAUUAUCCCUAUGAAGGAGAGCGGGGAUCGCUUGGACCGAGUGGUUUGCGAGGGAACCUAUCCUCAUAUGGCAACUCCCUGCGUGCCAAUCUAGCUGGUCAAAUCCACCAGUACCAAGACCGUUUGAUCCCCUACGGCCAACCCUCGUCGCAUGCACGAGGCAACAUGUCCUGCCAAGUUGUGCGCAGCUGUUCGAAAUGGAGCAAUGGCAGCCCUCUCGAACAUUCGAUUCAAGAUGCCUAUGUAGCCUUGAUUCGUAACAGUCAGCAUUUUGUGUACAUCGAGAACCAGUUCUUUAUCACGGCGACUGGUGAUUCUCAACAGCCGGUGAAGAACAAGAUCGGCGCUGCGAUCGUGGAGCGCAUUCUGCGGGCCGCUCGCGCUGGUGAGAAAUACAAGAUAAUUGUUGUCAUUCCUUCAGUUCCUUGCUUCGCGGGUGACUUGCACGAUGACGAGACUCUGGGCACUCGUGCUAUCAUGGAGUUCCAGUACAACUCGAUCAACCGUGGCGGACAUAGCAUCAUGGAACUAAUUGCCAAGGAGGGCUUCAACCCCAUGGACUAUAUCCGAUUCUACAAUCUGCGCAAUUACGACCGCAUAAACACCGGCGGCGUUAUGGCUGCAGCUGAGCACCAGAGCGGUGUCAACUAUGAUGAUGCUCGCAGACAGUAUGACCUGAAGACUGCUGGUCCUGGAGGUUAUGCUCCGGCUCCCCAAGAUGCUUCGCGAAGUGCUUUCGAUACCACCGCCCCAUUCCAGCAGUAUCAGCAGGCUGCACAGCAGCAGUCUCACGGCAAGUCCAGCACCCUCUGGGAUAGUGUCAGUUCGUGCUACAUGUUGGGCGGAGAGGACAUUCGCAAUGUGCCUUGGGACGGCCACCCAGAUGCCGAGAUUGACGCGUUUGUCAGUGAAGAACUAUACGUUCAUUCCAAGGUGAUGAUCGCCGACGACCGCGUAGUGAUCUGUGGCUCCGCCAAUCUAAACGACCGCUCGCAGCUCGGCGACCACGACUCCGAAAUCGCCGUGGUGAUCGAGGACUACACACCAGUCCAGUCAAGAAUGAACGGCAAGCCAUGGACAGCCAGCCGGUUCGCGUCAUCUCUGCGCCGCGAGCUCUUCCGCAAACAUCUCGGCCUCCUCCCACCCCAAGACUACCAGGUGCCAAACGAAAACUCCGAGCCCGUGGGGAUCCCCAACCGAUUCGACUUCGAUUGCCCAGAAAGCAAAGUCGUCGAGGACCCGCUCGCCGACACACUGGACAGCAUGUGGAACACGCGCGCACACACCAACACCGAAGUCUUCCGCAAGGUCUUCCACGCCGUGCCGGACGACAAUGUCCGCAACUGGGCCACGUACAAGGAGUUCUACGAGUACUACUUCCACAAGGCGGAUAUGCAGGCCGAGGGCAAGGAUGAUCUGGGCCGUCCGGCGAGGUACCAGUGGGGCCAUGUUGUGCGCGAGGACUUUGCGCCCGGUGCUGAGGGUGCGAGACAGGUGAAGGAAUUGUUGGCGCAGGUCAAGGGGACGUUGGUGGAGAUGCCGCUUAUGUUUUUGUGCGAUGAGGAUGUUGCCAAGGAAGGCCUUACGCUAAAUGAUUUGACGGAGCCACUUUAUACUUAG